UAAUAAAAGAAAAAAAUGGCGCAUGAUUGAAGAAAGAUGAACAUGCAUCGUGAUAACAUUUAGAUAUACAAUUAGCCCUCAACAACUUGGAAGUGACACAUUAUACAAUUUUGCCUUUUGUGUCUUAGAUCUGAAUCUCUUUCCUCCUCCAAUGGCGUAGAUUGUAAGCAAACUCUUCACAUACAGCCUUGAUUCGGCUUUUUUCUUUUGCUUCUCUGUCGUCUCUCUCUGUCUCUUUCCUCCGACAAUGAAUAGGAAUCUCAGAGAAUCUCUUGCCGGUGGAAGGAAUAUUCCGGCUAUCUCUCAGUUCCGCAGAGGCAGCAACAACAUCCCUCAAAACAGCUUCUCUAGAGAUUCCGAUGAGAAUCUGGAUCUCUUCUCUAAGAUCCGUCGCUCCUUCCCCUUGGCUUCCUCCGACGAAUUACCCGACGUUUCUGCAAAACUCGGGAGACUCUCGGUCGGAUCAAAACCAGCUCCCAGAGGCAAAGGCGAUGAUCUCUUGUCCUCAGCUGAAGGAGGAAAAAAUGAUUAUGAUUGGCUUCUUACUCCUCCUGGAACACCUCUUGGAAGCGAGUCCCAUUCAUCUUUGGCAGCUCCAAAGAUUACUUCUUCCGCUAGAGCCAGUUCUGCCUCAAAGGCAUCGAGGCUUUCGGUUUCACAGUCAGAGAGCAAUUACCAUUCCUCACGCCCGGCUAGAAGUAGCUCCGUGACUCGCCCAUCCAUUUCUACCUCACAAUACAGCUCAUUUACUUCAGGCCGUUCACCAUCUUCAAUCCUGAAUACUAGUUCAGCUUCAGUCUCAUCCUACAUUAGGCCUUCUUCCCCGAGUUCCCGUUCGUCAUCUUCAGCUAGACCUUCCACUCCCACCCGUACUUCUUCGGUAUCACGGGCCUCAACUCCGUCGAGAAUCCGUCCAGGCUCAUCUAGUUCAUCCAUGGACAAGGCCAGACCGUCCCUGAGCUCAAGACCAUCGACUCCAACUUCUAGGCCGCAGCUCUCAGCAAACUCCCAAAACACAAUUGCUUCUAGACCAAAUUCUCGUCCUUCAACCCCUAGCCGUCGAAGUCCAUCCACCUCGGUAUCUGCAGCUUCAGGAUCCAAUAUUUCAGGUGGACGUGUUGCACCGAAUGGUCGUACGGCACCUUCAUUGUCUAGGCCAAGCUCUCCUGGACCUAGAGUCCGGACCACCCCGCAACAGCCAAUUGUGCUAGCAGACUUCCCUCUUGAUACACCACCUAAUCUCAGAACAACUCUCCCGGACAGACCAAUAUCAGCUGGCAGGUCCAGGCCAGUCUCUGGUAGCAGCACGGCAAAGGCAAGUCCAGAACCCAAAGGGCCCAUGACAAGAAGGAAUUCAUCUCCUGUUGUCACGAGAGGAAGACUCACUGAGACCCAAGGAAAAGGCCGUUUUGGUGGUAAUGGACAGCAGCACUACACAGAUGCACCAGAGCCCCGAAGGCUUUCAAACGUUUCAGACGUAACUUCACGGAGAACCCUGAAGACUUCUUCAGUUGUCACAGACAAUAACAACGGCCUUGGGAGGUCAUUCUCAAAAAGUUCACUUGACAUGGCCAUUAGGCACAUGGACAUAAGAAAUGGGAAGUCAAACGGUUGCGCACUAUCAACCACGACGUUAUUCCCUCAGAGCAUAAGACAAGCCUCGUCCAAGAUCCAGCCAAUCCGUUCAGGGAAUAACCAUUCGGAUUCUAUCAGCAGCAACAGUGCAGAGAACGGGAAUGAAGCAAACGAGGGAAGAAGACUGAUGGGAAAGUUGAGCGACAUGGACAUGUAUGAGAGCUCAAGGUAUGACGCAUUGUUGCUGAAAGAAGACGUCAAGAACACAAACUGGUUACAUAGCAUCGAUGAUAGGUCAUCAGAUCACGGACUCAUGUUUGACAAUGGAGGAUUCGAGCUGCUUCCUGAGCCUUUCGGCCCACUAUAACACACACACACACCAAAAGCAAACAACUUUUUUUUUCUUUCUAAAACCACUUGUCUUUUAUUUAUAUAUUUAUCUUACA